AUGUUGUUGCGGAUUCUUCCGCUCGCGGCAAUAUUUCUUCUCGUCACUGCACAGUACAAUAAUCAGAGGAGUCCAUACCAACAGCAAGCCGGUCAACAACAGUACCCGAACAAUCAAAACAAUCAAUUCCAGCAGAAUAGACAACUCCAACAGAAUCAGCAAAAUCCGAAUCUGAGACCACAGCAAAACUACCAACAACAAUCAAAUCAAUACAAUCCUAAUCAACAACCGCAACAACAACAACAACAACAACAACAACAACAACAACAACAACAACAAUAUGGAAUGCAAAAUCAGCAACAGGGAAAUAUGAACAAUCAAAAUCCGCAAUUUUUUGGGAAUGGACAACAAAUGAGCCGAUCGGCAGUGAGCACGAAUCCGUUGAGAAUGACAAAUUCGUCCGAUCUUGGUGCAUUGGUGACAAUCCAACUCCGACAAUACUCGAAUCCACAAAAUUCCCUCGAUGCGGACACAACUUGUGCUUGUCCGACAAUCAAUUGUGAUUUCCUUCGACAAAAUGAGCAGAACAAUUGCAUGUUCUCGUUUAUGGUCGUCAUCUCGUCAGCGGACCAAACGGUGAAAAUGAUUCAAAGCGAUUUCUAUCCAUUCUCCCAAUCGAUCAACCAAGGCAAUUGGACGACGGCGAUCACGCUGCAAGUGCCAACGAAGCCGUCGGCAAUCGAUGUCUUCGUGCAACACCUCGGCGCGGUCAUCCGAAAACAAACCGCUCAAUUGCUCUAUUUCAACAAUCGGCUGACACUCGUCGACGCUUUUGCUAUUCCAUUGUUGCAGAUUGAUCCAACCUCGGGCAACGGUCGAGUUUCUUCAACUCAGCUUGGAAGCACUCUUCAGCAAGGAAACACUUUAUCCUACGAUUUAUCCCUCCAAUGUCAGCAGGGUUACUUGGGCAAGAAUUGCGAUUUGAAAUGCGGAACGCUCGGCAAUCAGAACUCGGAUGUUGUCCUUUGCCAAAGCUCCUACGACGGCACGAUUCAAAGCUGCCGAUACAACAGCGGAAGAUCACAGGUGCAAAGCUGCACAGUUUGCUCGAACUACAACACGACGAGCAACACGUGCACCGACUAUGCUGGACCCAUUGAUGACAGGAAUUUGGUCAAACACGCCUACCGAACGUGGACAAUCGUGCUGGGAGUUUUGCUGGGAUUGGCCUUGUUGCUCAUCCUCUGCCUCAUCAUCGCUUACAUCAUUCUCCGCAAUCGUGAACAAGAGGAAUACGAUCAAGCACCAUCCGUCUACAAGCCACCAGCCACCACGACAGGCACAACAAACGGACACACCGCCUACAAUAGUGGGACAACGGCGAGAAGAGAUUCGGAUAACGAAUGGUCAUCACCGGCUAGACAGCCAUUGAUCGAUCGGGGACAUGAUGACGUUUAUCGUACUACAACCACGACGCACACUCAACAGCGACAGGAGCACGCCGUU